AUGGCACCCGAGCCAGCCCCUGCUAUACCAAUAUCGGGCUGCAAGUCGCCAAUGAGGUUCAACGCCGGCUUUUACCAGUACGGCAGAGGGUUCUGGGCGAGCGCGCGGGAUGCGAACACCGUAAUCUCAUCACCGCCCUUACCUCCCUUGGGCGCUCUAAUCGUCCCCUCCCUCGCCGUCGCCAUCCCCCAAACCGACGCCGCCACCGGCCUCCCUCAGUACUACCACUGGAACAUCACCAGCUGGCACGCCGGCUGCGCCCGCUCCGGCUGCAGCUACAACUUCAACGUCACCGGCCACAAAGACGGCAUCUACCCGAGUUUCCUGGCGUACUGCGCUGGCGAGGAUAUCGGGUUCUUCGAGGGCUGUGAGAUCCUCGAGGGGGUGUCGACGAGUGGGACGCCGUUUGUGGCGGCUAGCUUGCAGCCGAGUCGGCAGGAUGGGGUUGCUAGUUUGGCGGUUAGUUUGAGUUUUACGGAUGCUGAUACUUUGAUCACUUACAACAUCACUGGUACACACGAGGCUACGUACAAUGCCUUUGUUGCGCCGUUGGAGAACUUCUCUAUCUUUGUUGAGGAUAUGACUGUUACUCAGGUUGCUUAG